GCUUAUCCGCAACCCAAUACAUCACCUUCGAAAUGGCAAAUGAGCAGUUAGAGUACAAGUUCAUUCCAACUUCACGUAGAGGGAGGUAUCUCUGUGCAGAUGGAUACAAGUUUAGAGUGAAUCGCAAACGCAAUGCUGCAUCGUGGACGUCAUGGAUGUGCCUAGACAAGAACUGCACUUCAACUAUUUCUACAGUUGACGACAUCAUCACCAAACGUCCUGGCCAACAUAACCACGGACCGGUAAAUAAUGACAUAAAGGUUGUGCCCGAGGCUGUUCCGACUCCAUCUGGAAGUGUGUUCCAAGGUCCCACGAAUACGUUGUCCUCAGAGGCACAGAGAGCGCCUCCCAGACGCCGUGUUCCAUUCUCCAUCGAGGACAUCAUGAAGUCAGAUGACGUCCAGACCUCAGAGCCCAGCAUCACAGACAGGACUUCAUUAACCAAACCAGAAGCAGAUUCGGAGGCCUCAAACUUGAACAUCUUCUUCGUUGUCAGAUACCAGAGUCUCCGCAGACAUGCAAAGUAG